AGGCCUUUGGUUCGACUAAGGUUUGACUACAGGUUUGAGAGGUUUUGAUUGUUUCAUCGUUGCCAAUCUGCAAAGUUAAAAAGCACAAUGUCCAAGGCUCCACCAGGUUCCUACCCAAAGCAAGUGGGGCAAUACCCAACACAGCAGCCAUCACCAGCUUAUCCAACUCAGCCACAGCAGAUGCAAUACCAGCCACCAGGACAGUAUGGUGCUCCAGGACAACUGUAUGGGGUCCCUCCUCCACCGUACAGUGAGGCACCACCACAAGCUGCACCCAGUGGCAUGUACAAUCCACAACAAGUUCCAAACAUGCAGCAUUACCCCGGUAUGGCUCCUGGAGGACACUACCCCAGACAACAGUACCCUGUGGGCCAGUAUCCUGCACAGGGUCCCCCACAACCACUAGUCCAUGGUUCAUUUGAUCCUGGUGCCAGAUUUGGAGCUGGAGCAACAAUUAACGUUCCGCCCCCUCCCCCAGGAUACGCUCCCAAUGCAGCUCAAGUAAUGGCAUCUCAGGGUCAACCUGCUAAUUUACAGCAGAGGCAAGCUGGUUGGUUCAGUGGUGGUAGUGGUGGGGGAUAUACCUUCUGGUAAAGCUCUCCAAGGAUUUCUCUUGUAAUUAGCUCUAAGUAUUUAGAAUUUAAUGAAUCAGGUCAAUGUAGCUGCUACAAAACUCUAUGUGGCAUGAUUUAAAAAUUGUAUUGUUUUCUGGAGAAUUUGUUUCCUACAAAGAAGUUACUUUCCAUGUCACUGUGUUGUUGUUGUUGUUUUUUUUUUUGAAAUAAUCAACAUUCUGCAGUAACUCGCAGGGCUUGUGGUUAGCACAGUCGACAGCCUAGCUUCUGUUACAUUACUGAUGUUCAGGUGUCCAGUUUCUCCAGGGAGAUUGUGACUGGCCUGGUUUUAAGUACUCUCUGAAUUACCCAGUACUCUGAAUUACUCACAAUCAUCGACGUGUUGUACACUGUCCGUUCUUGUGUUCAGCAAAUCAGGCACAAGAAAAGAAUACUAAUAGUGUACACAAUAAUACUUUUGAAAUGUGGUAAGUUUCAUAAAUGUGAAGAGGCCUGUGUGCAAUUAGUCAAAGCAAGGAAAUCAGCAGAGAAAGAGUAGGAUCUAGAGGAUCUGUAGGAUCUAUAACUUAUAAAUUUACCACUGUAAAUAAUUGAUGUCCUGUUUGUCUUAUUAUGUCUGUGUCUUUCUGUUUAUCAUCCAAUGAAUAAAGCAGCUGUUAAGGUCAUAAGUUGCUUUGUAUAAAUCAUGCAAGUCAACUUUUCUUGUUUCAAUGUAGUGAAAAAACAAAGACUGGUGUGACAGUGA